AUGACAGCUACGGGGGCAGAUGAUUUCUCAAAACUUUUGGAAGCUAUGGAGAUCUCAAUUGCACGAUUUUCCGGUGUGGCUCCUCCAAUCACGAAAAGUGCUCCUAACUCCUAUGCAGAUACCCCCUUUACAGACGCGAUCACAUUGACAGAGAUGCCAAGGAAAUUCACGCUUCCUUCCAUAAAAGUGUAUGACGGAACGACAGACCCAGAUAACCACAAGCAACGGAUGUUUACCACAGUAGUUGCAAAAGAACUUUGCGAAGCUACCAUGUGCAAAGGAUUCGGUUCGAGUCUUACAGAACCAGCCCUCCAAUGGUUUACAAACCUACCAAAUGCUUCAGUUGACUCUUUUGCGUCACUGACAAACCGUUUUGUUGAGCAAUUUGCAAGUAGUAGGAACUCGGAAAGGACUUCUGACAAUCUUUACGAGAUCAUACAGAAGAGAGGUGAGUCUUUACGUAGUUAUGUGGGACGAUUCAACAAAGAAAAAGUGUGUAUACCAGAGUGUGUUACGUCCACUGCGAUCUCAGCAUUCAAAAGAGGCUUGCUCCAAAACAGUGAUCGAUAUAAGGAACUGACAAAGUAUCAAUGCAAAAUAAUGGAAGACGUGCUAUCUAGAGCAUGGGCUCAGAUUAGAGGGGAGGAAGAUCCUGCUUACCAUCAGCAACCCUCCCAACGUUCUGACUCACGUGUAACAAGGAACGAAAGAACGACGAGAGAUGAUAAGCCAUAUCAAAGACCUCACAGUGACAAUAAAUGUAUGAGAAGCGACAACAGAAGUACACAUCGACCAAUCAACACAAUGGAAACCAUAUAUUCAGCAACUCGACGAGGUUCAACUAAUGGAAGAACCAGAUAUUAA